AUGGAUAAUAAUAAUCAGGCGAUCAAUAAUUCUUUCACUUCAAGACCUCAACAAUGGAAAAAACUUCAAGAGAUCGUUUGUACUGUAAAUUCAGAUGCUCGUGAAAAAUUGUUAACUUUUAUGCAUAAAGUUUCUUCGGAUGGCGGUGAAGUUGAUCAUAGAAAAACUUUUAUAAAAAAUUAUCUGAUGCCACAACGUCAGGUUUAUUUGAAACUUUUCUCAUUAGUUAAAUGGUCUGAAAAUACUGAAAUAUUGCGUGAUUGUGAGUUGUAUUACAGAAAUUUACAAAACCAAAAAGAGACAAUAAAUAAUUUAGUGAGAAGUUUUCAACAUCUUGCAGACUUUGUGCCACAAUCAAGUUUACGUGCACCAGAUAUUUGGACUGCAAUUGAUGUUCUUACAACUGGAACUUAUCAACAAUUUCCCACAAUAAUUAAGGAACUUCAUGCCCCCGAAUAUUUAUCAGACAAAGCUGUUAAAGAAGUAUUAGAAAAUUUAAAUAGUGUAAUCAAUUUGCGUAUAUUAACUGAAGAAAUAAUUCCUGAGCCAAUGAGGAAAUAUAAAGUUGCUGAUGGAAGAAUCAAGUUUCAUGUUGAUAAAGAAUUUGAGGUUGUGUUGACACCUAAUGAUCCUUUGCCUGAUUCUCUAUGGUUUAUUGUGGAUUUAAAACUAUUUAUUCAAUCUGAAGCUGAUACACUUUAUCAUGAUAUAGAGUUAUCAAGUCAUGAAAAUCAAAUUGCUUUUCUUAUAGAUUAUGCCCAAAAAGGAUGUUUGAAUCCACCCCACACCUUACUUCCAGAAAAAUCACCAUCCUCUUUACAAGUAAUGAGCAAUGGAUCACAAAAUGAAUCUUCACAAAAACCAGCCAAACAUCUUCCACUAGUAAAAUUAUAUGAUUGUUUACAUACUUUUUGCUUAGACUUACAAUUGGAUGUUUUAGCACAACAGACCCAUCGAUUAUUUUUUACUAGAUGGUCAAAGAACAUAACUUAUACAGUAAAUGAAGAAAGGACUUCUUUGAAGAUUUCUUAUUGGAGUGCAAUGACAAAUAUGUUAUCAGCCCAACCUAAUCGACACAGUAAUAAUGCAUCUGUUCAAAGGCCUCAAACACAAAACAUCAUUGAAAUAUACAUUACUGAAGACAUACCAAAACAUUCAUUGAUACAUUCUUCAAGAAAAAAUUUGGCAAAAUAUCAUUGGAUGACCAAUACAUCCAACCUAAAGCCUGGGAUUUUAAAUUACAAUAACAGACUCAAUUAUCCAAUAAAAUAUUUACAAGCUCGUUGGACAGGUUUAACAACCAUUGGUGAUGGUGACGGUGAUGGUGCAGUUGGUGAAAAAUGGGAACUUUUAGAUUGGGAAUUUAAUCCCGCAGAUUUGAAUGUUGAGCAUUUGUUACUUUCGGUCACACAAAAACAUGCUGAAUUUAUUAUUUGUAAUUUCAUGGAGGAAACACUUGGAAAAGAUCUUUUUUCUCAUGGGGAUGUGGAAAUUGUGAAAAUUGAGAAAGCAUUCUAUGAAGAACUCAAUUCUGAAGAUGCAUCAAUUUCAGAUACUAAAGCAAAAAAAUAUUUAAAGGUUCCUUCACUUCGUGUACGAUUAUCUGAAAAUAGAUAUGUUUUUAUUAGUGUGGACAUACGUAGCGGUAGAAUCAUUAUUGAGGAAAACAAUAAAAGUAUAGAUGAAGAAAAAAUCAAAAUGUGUGAGGAAAAACUUAGUCAUGUAUCUAGCAACGUUGUUGAAGUUCUUAUGAUGUUGAAAAUUAUGACAAUGCUAUUUCAAAUUGAAAAGGCUGCAAAAUAUUUGCAAUUUGAUGUUCAUCGUGGAAUAAUAUUACGGAAAGAAGAUAUUGCUAAAUUAGGAACUAAUCAAAUUCAAAUUUUAUAUUUAAAAUUCCAAGAAUAUUCCAACUACUAUCUUAUAUGUGGAAUUGUGGAUGGAAAAUUGAAAUACUGGUUGACCACUUUAAUUAAUGUGCCAUCUCCCACAAGAUACAAUAUAGUACAAAUUACUCGGGACACAACACACAAAUUGGGCUCAAUUUAUCCAAUACAAUUAGAUGAACUACUUUUAGACGAAUCCAAGGAAAAAAUAUCUUUAAGAGAAGAAAAGGAUUUUUUGAAAUUAGUAAAAAGUAACACGAGUUAUUCUGAGGAUCAAAAGGAAUUAAUGAAAAGUAUUUCACAGGCACAUGAAGGGCUUGAAGGAGAAAUAAUACUUCUUGCCAAAGUCACUGCACUUUCUCGAAUAUCCUAUCUAGAAAUUGAAUCACAGCUCAAAUCGCACAAUUUAACAUUUUUCAGCUUUAAGCCUAAAAAAAUAUCAAAUUUUAUUGAUUCGAACACAGUUUUAUCAUUGUCAAAGAUUAUACCUAUUUUAAAAUUAAGUAGGUCGCAACUAAUAUCAAAAACCCCUAUGGCCAUUGAUGCAAGCUUUAAAAUUUUUGAUGAUGUUUUGAUAAGAUUUGUGGGCUCCCGUAAGCAAAAUUCAAUUGAUUGCUUGGUCGUUAUGUGCACUCAAAUAAACACAGAUUUUUUGCCUACAAUAAGCGACAAUAUUUUAUUCGAAAAUGUUCAUUAUAAUCAUGUUUCAAAUGUGUUGUCUUUCAGAUAUAGUGAUAAAGAUCUUUAUAUUAAAAGUUUUUUGAAUGAUUGGCAAAGAAUUGUCAUGAUGUGUCAGGCAGCAUCUCAAUUGAGUUCACAAAAAUGGAAGAAUCACAGUAUAGUAAAAUUCGAACCAUUCGAUUUUAAAACUUUCAAAGUUAUAUAUAGUAAAGAUUAUUUUGUUGAAAUAAGUUGGAAAAACAACAAGUAUUCACUUAACUUUGAUGUCAUCAACAAAAAGAAAAUUCGUAAUCCACACAGACGCAUAUCUAUAUUUCUUCAAGAUAUUCUCAAUACUGAUUGUGAAGUUGAACCAUUAAUAACUAUUUUAUUAAAUACUGUAAAAUUAUUAUCUGCUUUAGAUAUCCUUGAAUUUAAAAAUUCAUCGUUAAAAAAUGGCAGCUCUUUAGUGAUUGUUACUCGAUCAUAUAGACAUUUUCGUUUAAUUUGGUCACCUAGGUUGUUGCCAUUUUCAACAGAGCCAUUGGUUAAAUAUGGCUUGGAGGUAGAAAUACAAAAAAAUAAUCAAAUCAUAAUACAUGAUUCUGGGCUGUCAUCUUCACAUUUAAAAUCUACAAAAACUUUGCCUCUAUGGAAAAAUAUUAUUGAGACACUUAUAAACUAUGAUGAUAACAAGGAUAAUGGUCUGACAACGAAUGUUAAUGGUAUAAUUCUACUAGAUAAUGGAUUUAUUCUACCUACUGAUGAAAUAUUUGAAAACUUGAUAAAUUGGUUAGACAAUCAAAUAAGAAAUCUUACGUCAUAA